CGCCUCGAUUUGAAUUUGUUUAAGGAAGUUUCUAUCGAAGGAAAUAAACUGAAGUAUACUCUCUGGCAACCAAAAAGAGAAAGUGGAGAGUGUCAGAGCGCCGAAGGUGAGACUGGACAUCGUAGCCAAAGAUAAUCUUGGGUCUGCCUACAAAUAUAAGUACAGAUUCUACAGUGCUCUCUUAGCGUAUGAUUGUGUAUGAACACCUGGAUAGUUUAGAAACUAUGCCUUCACCAGAUUUUAAAAACAAAUGUGUUUCACUCAUUUUUUGCAAAUUUUGUGAAAAUAUCCUAUGCACAAGAGGAAUGAAAGCCGUGCUUCUGGCUGACAAUGAAGUGGAAUUGUAUUCAACUGACAUCCCCCCUAACAGCACCAUAGACUUUGUGUCCAGCUGUUACUGUACAGAAUCCUGCAGAUGCAAACUAAAGGACAUUGCAUGCCUGAAAUGUGGCAAUAUUGUUGGCUAUCAUGUCGUAGUACCCUGCAAACCAUGCCUUAUGUCCUGCAACAAUGGACAUUUCUGGAUGUUUCACACGAGGGCUGUGUUUGCCAUCAACAGACUUGAUUCAUCAGGUCUAAAACUGCUGCUUUGGCGUGACCUGCCUGAAAUUGAGGAGACAGGCAAUGAAGAGUUAGACUGGCUCUCUGAAGAGGAGUGCAUCAGAUAAGACUGUUUUUUUAAUGUUUAGUGAACAUGGAGAACUGUCGCACACAUUUUCAUUAAAUUAUCACAAAGUGUGUGCUGUGGAAUUGUAUUUGUGUUUUGGAAGCCCGUUCAAGGAACCUGGGAAUGCAAUCGUCUUCCACAUGUCCAUGUAAAGUCUUUUCAGCAGCUUUUUUGGACCAUUCAUCACCAAACUGAAUAUCUUUUUCUUUUCUACAUCCUGAAGAUACUGUACUUUCUUCUCUUUACAAAGAUUCUGCUUAAUGAGAAAAAGCAGGAUUCCAUUAGAUAUCACUGUGGGCCUACCCAUCACUGCAGUAUCGUUCAGCAAUGGUAAAUUCACAAAGAAGUCAUUGUGGAGCUGUGUAAUUCCUACUUAAUGAUUACUGUAAUUACCAAUGUUUAGAAAGUUGGAGCCUGCGGGCAAGAUAUUGAGUUAUAAAAGGCGUGAAUGAACAGGUUUUUUAGCAUUCCAGCUACCCUGUAAAAUGAGACCUGACAAGAGCCAAACUAAAUCUGCUUUCACACCAAAAAUGUUUUCAGUUCUAGCAGUGAAAUGACUUUGUGAUACUCUUUAAUGUAGUUGACGGUUCACAUUAGACAAGCAAUGCUGUUAAUCAAAAAGAAAACAUUUUUAACAUAAAGCCCAUUAAUGUAGCACUUUUGUUUUAAGAAUCCAUUUAAUGUGCCGGCAAAGCUGCAGCACCAGUUCUCAUUACAAAUAAAAAUUGCUCAUUUUAAUGAUAAAGCCAAAAAUGUAAAAGAAGAAAGAGCGAAAGUCUUUGAUAGUAGCAUUAGAACUAUAUUACCUGCCGUAUGUCAAGCCAGUCCCGCUUGUUUCGUGUGUAUAUACUGUAAGAAUGUCAAAAUUGGCAUCAUGUUUAUUAAAAUAAUUGCUGUUUCAAUUGUUCUUUGGAUAGCUGAAACGGUUCUCAUUUUACACCUCAGGAUUACGUGCUUUCUUGCGCAUAUAAGACACGGAUUAGACAAGAAAUUCCUAAAUGAAUGACAGAAACCCAAAACACAACUUCCCUCUGUAAAGCACAUGGAAUUUGUAGUCUCUUUUAUUAAUAUAAAUACUGUAAGUAGUUUAUGUAGUACAGUUAUUUUUUGGCAGGACAACAACUUUUCUGAAAAGAUGAAUGAAGCACAGUGAGUGGCUAAUCAUCUGAUAGUAUUGAGUUUCAUAAUGUGUGUGUGUGUGUGUUUGUGUGUGUUCAUUGUGCCUUCCUGACUUGUUUUCUAGCUUCCAGCGUCACUUGACUAAAGCUGGCCAUAAAGAAGCAUUUUCAAUAUAGGAGGUCAUAUUGCCCAUUUUAGACCCUAAUUAAUACUGGUGAUAUUGUAGCGUUAAAUAUAGCAUAAAAUGUUAUUAUGCUUUUUUUUUUGUUCUUUGUUUCCAAAAACAGCCUAAACACACUGAGGUUUACUUUAUAAUGUUAUUGCAAGCAGCUGCCACGGUGUCUUGAAAUGAGAGCAUCAACAAUAUCGGGUAUGUUUAUGUAAACAAGUGUGUUUGCCUCUUGUAAUUUGAAAGUUACGUUGGUCAAAAGAGUUGUGUGGGUAGAAGAAAUUGAAUGCUGUUAUUCCACUCCAUUAUACACCAUAUAUUUUCAUCUGUCCCUUGAGCUGUGCAAAUGUAAGCACUGCUUUUCACCAGGCUGGCUGCUUAUCUCGCAUUAUGGAGAUCGCUUGUCAUCUCCCUACCUGCCCAGAUCUGCUUGAUGCUCCGCAGGCUCUUUAAGCGUGUCAUUCAAAGGCAGUACUGCUUUGACAGCAUAGGGGCAGCAGAGCCAGGCAUCAUUAAGAGCUGUCACCUGACAGUGAUAAUGAGCCUCCUAACACAACAGCUCAGGUGAGAAACACUCAGGCAGAAUCUAGCUAGAGAACUGUAUGUGUAAUAAAUAUGUUUAUAUCUUCUUGGUAGAAUUGUAGUAGGAGAAUGUGCAUGAAAAUCUAAUGAAGAAGUACAUCCUCAACAAGUUCUGUCAGGUUUUGUCUCAAGCCUUUUUAAAUUUUACAUCAUGAAGCAGUUUAUAUUCUAUUUAAAAUAAUAAUGGAUUCCUUCACACAAUUCAUUGUAGUCGGUCAUGCAAUUUAAUUUUUUUUUAUUUUAUUCUCUGCUUUUCAAGCAUUGUCACAUUUAGGCCAGGAGUAAACAUUAAUAGGAUGUGAAAUUGUAUCCAAACGUGGCCUCGUGGAGUGAGUUUUACCAUUAUCAGUAAUAUAUUCUAUGUUACUCCCCAUAUAGGUCACAUUAGGCAGCUCUCUCCACAAGUGUACUUUUGAAUCCUGGUCUGGUUACUCUUUUUGUGUCCAUAUUAUCUUUUCUCCAGGUUACUCCAUUUUUUUCCUCUCACAUCUGAAAGACAUGUUUGCCAGGUUAAUUGGUAACUCUGUAUUGGCACAAUGUGAGAUAGUGUGCCCCACAAUUGAUUACCACCUUUUCCGAGGUUGGUCCCUAACUUUACACCCAAUGCUGCCAGGAACCUUGCGGCUUUGAAUUGAACUGUGCAGGUUCAGGAAGUGAGUGGGUGAAUGUUGAUGUAAUUGUAAUUGUAAUGUGAUGUUUUGUUCAUUCAGAUAUUGUUGAAAUAUUAUGUACUGUAUCUGGUUAGGGCGGCACAGUGGUGCAGUGGUAUCGCUGCUGCCUCGCGGUUAG